AACCCCUUAACAACAUCCACCGGGAACAACAAAUUUUUUAAAAAACGAUCACAACAAAACAUGGUGUUUCUUUUACUCCUCGGUCUAAUCUUUGGCAUUCUAAUAACCCUCGUGAUCGUUAUACUUAAGCUUUUGGGCUUGAAACCGCCAUUAAUUUUUGAUAAAUACCCACUGAAAGGUAUCUUCUUUAGGGUUAAGUUUUGGAUCGCUCUAUUGGUUCUUCGACGCCUGAGAUACCGAAUCUAUCGAAGGAAUGAGUUGUUACUCGGAUCUGAGGAUCAUCUGGCUAAGAUUGACCGGCCCCAAGACCUUAGCAACGAUCCAAAGAGCUACGAUGUAGUCAGCUUUAUGGCUGCCAAUAAAGAGGGCCACAAACUGAUGGUUACUAUGGAGAGAAGAAGGCGAGGAGUUCUGAAGGCAGCUUUGUACCUAUGGCUUCCAGAAAAGGGGUUGUUCAGUUCCCCAAACUUGCCCGAUAUGAUAUAUUUCACAACCGAGGGUGGAGAGGAAAGCCGCGAGUUCCAGGGUGGAGGUUUCCAUGUUUAUCUAGAGGAAUGUAUGAAAGUUUGGAGGAUUAAGUACAAGGGUGUACUGAAGAGUAAUGGAGAGGGGGUAAAGAAAGUACCUGUGGACCUGAACCUCCGUUUUAAGAGCUCUUCCGCCGAACAUUUUGAUUACAACCGGGAUCUCAGUUCCUCUUUGAUAGCUGACUCCAUAGCCAGAGAACCCUGGAAUGAGAAAUUCUAUAGUCUUAUGCGAAGUGUCAAUCACAUCGUGGAAAAGCGAACCCACUAUGAACAGAGUGGAGAGCUGGCGGGAAAAAUCAACUUCAAUGGCGAGGCUCUUUCCCUGAAAAUGCUUGGCUUUCGAAACCACAGUUUCGGAACCGAACGUUGUCUGAGCACCAUUAACCGGUACGUGUACUUCGCUCUGUUUAUGGACGAUGGCAGCAGCAUGGUUGUGGGAAAUCUCAGCCAGCCCUCCUUUUUCCUUUCCUCCCUGAAGGUCGGAUACGUCUGCAGUCCCUCGGGAAAGUAUCAACCCCUGACUGGGAGCAAUUUCGAGCUAUAUUCUUACGGUGAAAAGGGAAUUCCCCCUCAGCACCAGAACUUCGUUGUGCGCACCGAGGAGAAGGAGUACCUCAUCCAGAUCCAAGUUAAGGAAUCAGCUGUGCGGUAUGUGGGGGUAGAUUGGGAGUCCAAGGUCUUCAAUCAGUUUGUGGCCUGUACGGUCAAUGGAGUUUCCGGUCAAGGACACGCUGAGUUCCUCUAUCGCCACAAAGGCGGCAGGCCGGAUGAUAUAUCUUCUAGGGACCCCAGAUGGUACCAAAUCAUAAAGCGAUUCGAAAGGAGCCUGACAUUGCUGGAUGUGGAGGAUGGCGAUUUUAUCUUCUAGGAGUCCAAGGAACCAUUUCAUUUAUUUUUGUUUUUUAAUUUAAGGUGACAAA